AUGGCCACAGAACUUGUUGCUAGUUAUAUGAGUUUGUGCUACUACAUAUCCAAUACUCAUGAGUCAGUUAUGAUUGAUUAUCCAUCAGAUCCAGUACUAGCAAAAGCAUCAACUUGUAUAACUAGUAUAACAAACAAUACUAAUAAAUCAGAUAAUGCUGGUAUUGAGAAAGUUGCAACAAAACCAUUUAUUGCUCUUUACAAGCAACUAGGAACACCAAAAGCAUCAUUUGAUAUUCCCAGUCCUGAUUACAUUACAAGAAACAUCUCAAAAAAUUUGGAAGAACUUGAACAACAAGAGGCCUCAACAAAGCCUAGAACAAGGGCAAAUACAAAGAGAAUAAGAAAAUUGAAGGAUCGUGCAACUGAUAUUGGAUCAGUAAAUCUUUCAAAGCAUCCUAGAUCAGAUGCUACUAUAACUAUGAGUCAUAUACAUUACCAGACAGCAUUUUAA